AGGUUCUUUCAGGUGACUCUUAAAGUGUUUUCUUUCAGCAGCUGAGCAGUCAACUGUGCUCAUUUAUAUUCCAUGCACAACCAAAGUCUACGAUUCAUGUCUCUUCGCAAAACUUUAUCUGCUACUGGUGCUGUGACUCUUGACAGCAACAUUAGGAGUUUGAAGUUACCAACUCGACACGGUUAUCGUCGGAGUCAUCAUGCGCGCGACCCUACCAAAACAAACGCACGUGAGGAGCUUGUUCAAGGCAGGCGAGAUGCUUCCUUCAGUAAUAAGAUCUCCAUUGACUUUGAACAGACCAGAGACGCCUACCAAAGCAAAAAUACUCUUGAGUUACUUAGGAGCUUGGUAGUGUUUAAACUGUGCUCCUAUGACAUACUGGUUGAUAAGAACAAAGAGAUAACGGAUCUUAGCAGAAAAGUUUUGGGACAGAAGAUGUUCGAGCAGUUGAUGAAAAUGACUUUCUACGGUCAGUUUGUGGCUGGUGAAGACCAUAACUCCAUCAGGACCCUCAUACAGAGGAACCAGGCGUAUGGAGUAGGUGCUGUGCUGGAUUACAGCGUGGAAGAGGAUCUGCCGCAAGAUGAAGAGGAAAGGAAAGAGAUGGAAUCGUGUACGUCUGCAUCAAAAAGAGAAGGCAAUGGAAUGCACACUCGAGAAAAGUUCAGACCUCACCAGAAGUUCGCCGAUCGAUGCAAGGGAGUACCGAGCGAUCGUACAUAUUUUUACGACGAUGAGACGAAGUGCGACCAGAACAUGGAGACUUUUUUGAAAUGCAUCAAAGCAGCAGCAGUUACCACUAAAAUAACUACAAGAAAAUCACCUGCCCAUUCAGGUGGAAGUUCAGAAGAUGGUUUCACGGCUAUUAAGAUGACUGCUCUGGGGCGCCCACAAUUCUUGCUCCAGCUCUCGGAGGUGUUGGUGAAAUGGAGGCGUUUCUUUAGUUUCCUGGCAGCCAAACAGGGCAAUGAGGGUUUGGAGGUUCUGCAGCAGAAACUGGAUCUAGAGCGAAUGCAGGCAUGUCUAGCCAGUCUGGGAGCUGAAGGAAACAUUCAGAGCUGCUUCUCUGAUGGACGGCUGCACUUAUCCGGUAUCGUUGACAUACUGGACUGGAACGGUCUAAUUGACGACAGAAUGCAGAUAUCCAAUCUCCUAGUUGUCCCGAAUCUACAGAGAGGUCAGCUGGAGUCUCUUCUGUCUAAAUUCACAGAGGAGGAGGAAAAACAGAUGAAGCGAAUGCUUCAGCGAAUGGACGUCUUGGCUAAGCACGCUGUGGAAAAUGGUGUUAGGUUGAUGGUGGAUGCUGAACAGACGUAUUUCCAGCCUGCUAUCAGCCGACUCACCGUGGAGAUGCAAAGGAUUUUCAACCGAGACAAAGCUGUUGUUUUCAACACCUAUCAGUGCUACCUCAAAGAGGCGUUUGAUAAUGUGUCCAUGGAUGUUGAGCUAUCGAGGAGAGAGGGCUGGUGUUUCGCUGCUAAAUUGGUAAGGGGGGCAUACAUGUACCAGGAGAGGAUCCGAGCAGCUGAGAUUGGAUAUGAAGACCCCAUCAACCCUGACUACCAGUCUACUAACAGAAUGUAUCACAGAUGUCUGGAUUAUGUGCUGGAAGAGAUCGAGCUGAACAAGAAAGCAAAUGUUAUGGUGGCAUCACACAACCUAGAUACAGUUAAACACACACUCAAAAGGAUGAAUGAAAUGGGUCUGGCUCCCACAGAUAAGAAGGUGUACUUCGGCCAGCUCCUGGGAAUGUGUGACCAAAUCAGCUUUCCUUUAGCUCAGGCAGGAUUUCCAGUGUACAAGUACGUUCCUUACGGUCCGGUGAAUGAAGUCAUCCCAUAUUUGUCCCGACGGGCCCAGGAGAACCAUGGUGUUAUGAAAGGGGUUCAGAUGGAGAGGGACCUUUUGUGGAAGGAGGUUAUACGCAGACUGACCAGCGGAGAGGUGUUUCACACACCUGCUUUAUAAAACACACAGGUCACACAUUUUGCACUUCUGACAUAUGUGGCUUAUAAGGUACUGUGUACAGAAUUCGUUAUUUAGUACCAUGGUGAAUAGUUGUAUGAGCCAUAUUUCACCCCACACUUGAAAAAAAGAGAGAUUAUAUUAAGUUAAACUGGUAAGUAAGAAAUGAUUUAAUUAUAAGUUAGCACCAUUAAUUAUAGUAAGAGUGAAGUGUUUGUUGUAAAAAUAAAUAACCAAGCUGUGGUAUUUUAGCAGAGCAGAAUGCUGCCCUCUUCCUUUAUACCUCUAAUAUACUUCCACUCUUAUCUGCCUCUUUUCCUUUUUAUAUCCUUUUCAUUUCAUCCCUCUCCACGGCACCUUUAUGGGUCUGAAAGUGUCUUCUUAAAUGUCAGAUGUCUAAAUGUGCCCUGUGUUUUAUUCCCCACCUUUAUUCCUCAAUUGCACUAAUAAUAAAAUAUAAGCAUGAUUUAAACAGUAAUAAACACUUCAGCAUCA